GGAGCCACCAGUAAAUGCUUCCUUCUGAGUCAUUCCUGCCCUCCCUCUGUUCGCAGGAGCAGCAAAGAGCUGCUGUUGCAGCCAGUGAUCAUCAGCAGGAACGAGAAGGAGAAGGUUCUCAUCGAGGGCUCCAUUAACUCCGUGCGCGUCAGCAUCGCAGUGAAGCAGGCUGAUGAGAUCGAGAAGAUCUUGUGCCACAAAUUCAUGCGCUUUAUGAUGAUGAGGGCUGAGAACUUCUUUAUCCUGCGCAGGAAGCCUGUGGAGGGUUAUGACAUCAGCUUCUUGAUCACGAACUUCCACACGGAGCAGAUGUACAAGCACAAGCUGGUGGACUUUGUCAUCCACUUCAUGGAGGAGAUCGAUAAGGAAAUCAGCGAGAUGAAACUCUCUGUCAAUGCAAGGGCCCGCAUCGUGGCAGAGGAGUUCCUUAAGAAUUUUUAGGCCGUGGUGCAGGACCCCGUGGCUCCCCUGUGCUUGUGCCCACAACAGGGCACUGUGCCUGUGCCUGCUCCCGUUUCUCGGAGGACCGCUGGGCGGGGCCGGGCCCUGCCCGCCCCUCUCUGGGCUGGGCGGGAACAGCCCCUGCUUGCGGCAGCGCGGCCCCAGCCGCUGCCCCUGUCUCGUCUUGUUUUUUAAACGGUCUUGUUUGCUGUA